AGUAAUUAGGCUCGCAGUUCCGCGGUCAACAAGGGCACGUGGAGCAUUAGACAGGCAAGCCACCAAUUGUAUUUCAUUACUGCUGUGCCACCUGCUGUCCUCCUCACGCCUUGCCCAGGGUUGUGAAUCCUACGCUGAGAGACAAACACGUGUAUCUGUGAGUCAGGAUGGCCAAGAGUCUCCGCAGCAAGUGGGUGAGGAAGUGCAAGCGAGAGAAGCGUGUGCGUUAUGGCAAAAAGGAGCUGACAUCACUGCUCACGCUGGUGGAGAAGGCGAACAAGAAUGAUGUGGUGGUCAGGGAUGCUGUGGAAGUGGUGAGAGAAAAGGCACAGAAACUCCAGCCAGCAGAACCAGAGGGGGAGAACACCAUGGAAGCGACCACCUCUGGCACCAGCGAGGAGCCAGUGCCAACCCUCCGGACACUCAUCAAGAAGACUGGUGCCGCCCCCAAGUGGCUCCACCCAAGAAGGUUGAAGAAGAGUAAGAACCUGAAGAAGAAGAAGAGCAAAGCUAGUUCAAGGAAGGACAAGUUUUUGGGGUAGUAUGAAUGACUAAGUAUGUGUGUGCAUGUGUUGGUUAUGUGAAUGUGUUAUGCUAUGAAAUAUAUGUUGUGUUUAGCUUU